AGCUUCCUCCUCCGGCUCCGAGGCCCUGCGGAUCGAGAUCGGAGGAGACGCGGCGCGUCUCCUGGGAGGGAGAGUGAAGAUGCUUAAGGAGCGUCCAGGGAUGGCGGAAGAUUGUCAGCAACAAGUGGGUGUUCCUGUGGUGAAACUGGAGAAAGAGUUGCCGUGGAGCAGGGGAAGGGAAGACUCUAGUCCUGAGACUUUUCGCUUGAGGUUUCGUCAGUUCCGCUACCAGGAGGCAGCCGGACCCCAGGAAGCCCUCAGGGAGCUUCAAGAGCUCUGUCGCCAGUGGCUACGGCCAGAGCUGCACACCAAGGAGCAGAUCCUGGAGCUGCUGGUGCUGGAACAGUUCCUGACCAUCCUGCCCCGGGAGUUCUACGCCUGGAUUCGGGAGCAUGGCCUGGAGAGUGGCAAGGCCCUGGUAGCCCUGGUGGAGGACUUGACAGAGCGAGUGCCGGAGGCCAAGGCGGUUUCAUGCCAUGUGCAGGGAGAUCAGGAGGAGACAGCACUUUGCAGAGGUGCGUGGGAGCCUGGCAUCCGAAUGGGUCCAGUGGAGGUCAAGCCAGAGUGGGGGCUGCCCCACAGGGAAGGUGUUCAAGGCCUAGACCCCGGCACUGAGGAGCAGCUCAAUCAGGAUGCUGGAGACGGGACUCGAGCCUUCCAGGAGCAGGCAUUGCCUAUUCUUCAGAUGGGUCCUGGCCUCCCCACAGUGAACCCCAGAGAUCAAGAGAUGGCAGCUGGGUUCCUGAUGGCAGGAUCCCAGGGGUUGGGGCCAUUUAAAGAUAUGGCCCUGGCCUUCCCUGAGGAGGAGUGGAGGCAAGUGACCCCUGCCCAGAUAGACUGCUUUGGGGAGUACGUGGAACCUCAGAACUGCAGAGUCUCUCCAGGUGUGGGGAGCAAGGAAAAGGAGGCAAAGCCCCACCAGGAAGAUCUUAAAGGGGCAUUUGCUGGACUGACUUCAGAGAGGUUUGGGGAGGCCAUCCUCCAGGGCCCUGGGCUUGGAAGAGCCUGUGAGCAGGAGCCCGGGGAAUCUGGGGGCAGUGUGCCAGGGCUUCCUCCUCCCCAGCAUGGUGCCAUUUCAGUGCCAGAUGACCUCAAAACCCGUAGCUCCUUCUGGAAGCCUUUCCAGUGCCCUGAGUGUGGGAAAGGCUUUAGUCGGAGCUCCAAUCUUGUCCGACACCAGCGAACCCACGAAGAGGAGAAAGCCUAUGGCUGCGUUGAGUGUGGGAAGGGCUUCACCCUGAGAGAGUACCUCAUGAAGCACCAGAGAACCCACCUGGGAAAGCGACCUUAUGUGUGCAGCGAGUGCUGGAAAACCUUCAGCCAGAGACACCACUUGGAGGUCCACCAGCGGAGCCACACGGGGGAGAAGCCUUAUAAGUGUGGGGACUGCUGGAAGAGCUUCAGCCGGAGGCAGCACCUGCAGGUGCACCGACGGAUGCACACAGGGGAGAAGCCCUACACAUGCGAGUGUGCAAAGGGGGACGGCUGGUCCGACACCAGAGGAUCCACACGGGAGAGAAGCCCUUCCACUGCACUGCUUGUGGGCGAAGCUUCAACCAGAGGUCCAUCCUCAACCGGCACCAGAAGACCCAGCAUCGACAGGAGCCCCCCGUGCAGUGAGGAUGCUGCUUGGAGGGUGUCACUCAUUUCACUCACUAAAGGGCUUGAGGGUGUGGGGUGUAAAAAGUGCACUAAGGCACUUUCCAUCCAUUUUCAAGCAGCAGAGAGGAGAAGGCCUACUUAAUUUAGUGCUUCCAGAAAGUGCAGCUACUCCCAUCUCUUACGCUAGUGGUGGUGCUAACAGUUUUUCUUACCAUCUUAUAGGGAAAUCAAAUUCUGAGCUUCAGUUCAAGCUGAGGUUUUUCUCCUGCAGGGAGUGUUCAGACUCACCUCCUGAACAAGUCCAGUAGGAAAGGCAAGAUUUUGUUACACAUUGGCAACGCAGACCUUCUAUUUCUGAGGACCCUAUCCUGCCUGCAAAAUCAUUAGCUCAGACUCUUGGCCCUCCUCCCGCCCACUCUCUAUUUAAUAGAUAUUUAUUGUGUACCUAUUGUGCUCUUGGCAUGGAGGUUACAGUGAUGAAUGAGGUGGAUGGAGCUUGAGAUGUAGCAGUGGGAGCACACAAAACUGUGACCCCCACAAGUAUGCCAAAGUGCUGCAUGGCUCCUGCACAGAUUGCGUUCCUUCCUCCAACCCCGGCUGCGAUCGUCUCUUGGGCAGCCUUGUUAGUUUAUUUGUAGCCCCCCUUGUCUCUCAUAGUAUAUUCUACAUUCAUCUGUAGAAUUUCCUCGUCAUUGUUCCUCACACUAUAGCAAAUGUCACCAAAUCACCUAUUAGGAAAUUAAUACUUUGCUAUUGAUCACUAAAUAAACAUGAGAGUAUUUUAAAAAAGAAAAAAACAUUCAUUUUUGUGAAAAAGUCUAAUUAAAUGAAUCUGAAAGAUGAA